CGUACAGUACAAGUUAAUAAUGUACGUCAUUAAGUUGGUUUACAUUGUAACUCACAGUACGUCACGUAACGUUUUGUAUUUUAUAUUAGCUGCGUCACACAGUCAGUGUACAACCAGCUAGCUUUUGAGUAUGGGAGCUAACACAGCUUGCAGAACACUUAUUUCAGGACAAAGGUUCUCUUAAAGAUUGAGAAACAAAUAUACACUUUGAACUUAAUAGAUCAAUUAACCCUAAUCACAAGAAAUAGCUACAUAAAUAAUUGAAAAUAAAAUUAUCCCCAAUGCGAUCAAGACAUGCAGACGGUUUUGGUUGUUUGUAUGUCUGCUGCCAACCCAAUACCAUGGUGGAAUGAAUGGGUUUUGUUUGUGGUGUUCAAAAAAUGUGCCUUUCCAGAAACAAUGCCCCAGUUACUAUAAUUCCUAAUAAUUCCCAGAUGUCACUUUGAACAGUUUGCACUAGAGCUAUUUUAUAUUGAAAUCAAGUUGCACACAGAGAUACAACACAUUUUGAAAUGUGGUCCACUGAUUUUGAAUGCCAUUCUGUGAGGGAUCUUUGUUGUUUUUUUGUUUUUGGUAUUUAAUUCAGAAAAUAUGGUUCUAUUGAACAACAACAAACGAUCAAACAAUAAUGAAUUAUUGCCCAGCUCUACUUAACGUAGCUUUACUUUCGUUAGGUGUCGCCACUCUGAAUGUGUUGCAAACUUUUUCUAGAAAUCCUCUUACGAUUUUACUGCUUUUCCAUGUUUAUGUGCACAUGCCUACUACUAUUACUACUAGUUUCCAGCUGCACCUGAAGGCAGCACUGGCCAUGCAUAGCACACAAUAGGGUAGGAAACAUCAUUGACACCUAUUAGUAUCGGUAGUAAAUAUAAAGUAUUUUUCCUGUACUUGUCUUGAAAGACAGAUUGAAGUACUGGUGGCUGUUAACUAUUUCUCUACUUUAUCCAAUCAGUAGCUUUUUUCUGAAGCUUUCAACCGCAUUUCACAGUCCUCAUCAGUGGGUGGCGUUGGCUCACUCGUCAUCACGCUCAGCUUUCUACUCGUCUUAACACGAUAUUAGGUGCACCAAUGGCGAAGCAUUUCCACCUGAAUACGCCGCUGCUGGAAAGCGUCAGCAUGUCCAAACGCGUGGGAACCACCGUGUACCUGAAGAUGGAGAAUUCACAGCCCUCUGGCUCGUUCAAGAUCCGUGGCAUUGGACACCUCUGCCAGCAGCUCGCCAGACAGUCCAAAGGAGUUGUCUGCUCUUCAGGUGGUAAUGCAGGUAUGGCUGCAGCCUACGUAGCCAGAAAAAUGGGUGUACCAGCCACCAUCGUAGUUCCCUCCUCUUCUCCUCAGCUGGUCGUUCAGAGACUCCAGGAUCAGGGUGCUGCUGUCAAGAUUACAGGCAAGGUUUGGGAUGAUGCCAAUGCAGAGGCUCUCAGACUGGCAGCGACUGAGGGACUCACCUACGUUCCUCCAUUCGAUCACCCCCUGCUCUGGCAGGGCCACGCCAGUAUGAUCACAGAGGCCGCAGCCUCUCUGGGUCCCAGUGUGAAGCCCGGAGCUGUGCUGGUGUCUGUGGGCGGAGGGGGCCUCCUCUGUGGGGUCAUCCAGGGCCUGAAGGACGUAGGUUGGACGGAUGUACCCAUCAUUGCCAUGGAGACGGUGGGGGCCGACUGUUUCAACGCUGCGGUUAAGGCGGGGAGGGUGGUCACCCUGGAUGACAUCACCAGUGAGGCUAAAUGUCUUGGAGCAAAGACAGUUUGCAAGAAAGCUUUUGAAUACAGCCAAUGCAGCGAGCUUACAAUCAUUUCUGAACUCGUGACUGACCAGCAGGCUCUGCAGGCUGUCGAAACAUUCCUGGAUGAGGAGCGAGUGUUGGUGGAGCUGGCGUGCGGAGCAGCAUUAGCAGCUGUCUACAGUGGACUUAUACGUAGACUACAGGAUGAAGGUCGGCUGCCGACUCUCUUGGGCCCCCUGCUGGUGGUCGUGUGCGGUGGCAGCAGCGUCGACGUGAAGCAGCUGACCAACCUCAGACACAAACUGCAGACUUAAACUACCGCAUGUGUGCUAAUGUGUGUUUAAGUCACAUUCAGAUGCAAUGAAGUUUCUUAGAAAACCCAAAUAAAUGUCUUCAGUUAUAAAUAAUUGAGUGAGUCAUUACAUGUGAAUAUGUUUUAACCAUCCUCAGCUCACUAAACUGUCAGAAUUCCAUGACUAGGUUUCCCCACAUGGUGGUGUCACAGUUCACUGUUCAGAAAUACACUGGCCAUCCACAGCACUGACAGUCUGAGGCAUAACAAAAUAUUUGUUAAAACUAGUUUUGCUCUUACAUUUUGUAUUAAUUUGAACAAUUAAUUUGACACUACACUCAAAUAUUUGUGCAUUUGAGUCUUCUCUUGGUCUUUUUGUGGAUAUAUUUGCAGCCUUGGAUCCAAUGCACUAAUAUAUUUUAGAUGAAAACUACAGACCUUUAAUGCUGGAUUGUCUUGUGUCAUUUUAUGCUAACAUUGUAAUCUCUUGCAUGCUCUGUAACACGAUAUUGUCUAUUAUUAAAAAGCACCUCAAAAUGA